AUGGAGGCCGCCGAGCCCCGCGCUGGGCCCGCGGCGGAGGCCGCCGAGGCGCGCGCGGCCGAUGGCGCGCGGGUGCUGGAGGUGCUGCUGCGCGGCGGCGCGCCCUGGGGCUUCACCCUCAAGGGCGGGCGCGAGCACGGCGAGCCGCUGGUCAUCACCAAGAUCGAAGAAGGCAGUAAAGCCGCGGCUGUGGACAAGCUACUGGCUGGAGAUGAGAUUGUGGGCAUCAAUGACAUUGGCCUUUCAGGGUUCAGACAGGAAGCGAUUUGCCUGGUGAAAGGGUCCCAUAAGACCCUCAAGCUGGUGGUCAAAAGGAGGAAUGAGUCGAGCUGGAGGCCUCACUCCUGGCACGCCACCAAGUUCUCCGAUGGCCAUCCUGAACCUGUGGCUUCGCACUUCCCCUGUGCCAGUGGCUCCCCUUCCUGGCAUGUCCAGCACCAUGCAAGUUCUUCUCACGACCUGUCCAGCUCCUGGGAGCAGAGGAGCCUCCAGCGCACUUCUGAGCAUUUCAGCUCGCUGGGAAGCAUGGAUAGCUUGGACCACCCCUCCCAGCCCUACCCAUCUGGCCGCCUCUCAGCAGCCAAAUCCAGCAGCAGCAUCGACCAUGUGGGCGGUCAUAGCAAACGCGAUUCUGCAUAUGGCUCCUUCUCCACCAGCUCUAGCACCCCAGACCACACCUUGCCCAAGGCUGAUGCCUCCUCCGCUGAGAAUAUCCUCUACAAAGUCCACCUUUGGGAAGCGUCCAGGCCAGACGGUAGCCACCAGGCUCAGGUUGCAGGCGACCUGCGCAGCAUGGAGGGCAGACCCCUGGCCCGGGACAACACUAAAAGCCCCAGACCAGAGGACCCUGCCGAGCCCAAGCUGCUCACCUCUGGGCGAUUGAGUUUCGGGCCGGUCUGGCAUGUUCCUGACAAGAAGAAGGCGCCGUCCUCGCCGCCGCCCCCUCCCCCUCCCCUGCGCAGUGACAGCUUCGCUGCCACCAAGGGCCCGGAGAAGGCGCCGGCGCCCAGCCUCGCGCUCGCGGACCUGGCUGCGUCCCAGCACUUGAUGAUGGCGUCGGCCAGGCCGCAGCCCCGCGGGGACUGGAGGGUGGAGGCAGCCGAGCGGCAGCGAAGGCCGGCAGGCCUCAGCAGCCCCGGCGGCGGUGGAGGCGGACCCGAAAGUCACAUGGAGACCGGGGUCCCCCCCCUGGGGGUCCCAGGCCGGCUGCAGACCUCGCUGUCCAGCCUCGAUGUGCGCUUCCUGCAGCCUUACCCAGGGGGCCGCCAUCCGCGCGGCCAUGGCAGCGACGAGAGCGCCAGGCCCCCCGCCUUGCAGAGGGCGCCCCAGCAGCCGCCCCCCUCCGCCUGCUGCCAGGACCCCUGCCCCCCUCAGGCCAGGCGGUCCAGUGCCGCCAGCCAGAAGGCUGAGAGCGGGGGACCGAGCCAUGACUCCUGCGUUCCGGCCAGGCAGCCCGUGCCAGGGGCGGCGCGGGCCGCUGCGCUGCGGGGCGAUUCCUGGCACGGGAACGCGGGCCUCGACGAGCCGUCCACGCAGCCCGUGGCCCACAGCGCGCGAUGCCCCCUCCCUCAGCGCGAAGGGGCCCCGAAUGCCCUCGACGCGCAGCGGUGUCACCCGCUAGACGGCGGCGCCGAGGGCUGUUGCGCGGGCGCCCACGAACCCGCGGCCGCCGGCCGGGCGGAGAAAGCCGGCGUGCAGAGAACGGGCGACGGCGGCAAGUGGGCGGAUGGGCCGGGCAGCAGGAUCUGUCGCCAGAGGACGCCCAUGCUGCACUCCCUGACCCAGGAGCGGGCGCAGCAGCCCGAGAGCUGCCCCGAUGCCGCCGAGAAGCCGCCGCCGCCGUUCGAUGCCCAGGGCGGGAAACCCACGCGCAGGAGCGACCGCUUUGCCACCACGCUGAGGAACGAGAUCCAGAUGCGCAGAGCAAAGCUGCAGAAAAGCAGGAGCACGGUGGCCCUGGCUGCGGCCGGCGAGGCCGAGGAUGAAGCUGGCGUGUGGAGGGACCAGGCUGGGGCCUCUCCAGAAGCUUCCUUCAGCAGUACCUACAAAGACCACGUGAAGGAGGCGCAAGCGCGCGUCCUCCGGGCCACGUCCUUCAAGCGCCGCGAUUUAGACCCGUCCCCAGCCGACCAGGCUCCGGGCUCAUCAGAACUCAGGUCUGGGGACCCCAGUGCCUCCUCCUCGUAUUCUGGGGAGCCAGACUCUGGGGCCCCCCACUUCUGGGACGCAGGCCCUGCCAGGCCAUCGGCCCCGGGCGGGGUCCUGCCUCCCCUUUCCCGGAUUGGAGGCCGGAAACGGUUCACCUUGGAACAGAAGCUGAAGUCUUACUCUGAGCCAGAGAAAAUGAACGAGGUGGGCCUCUCGGGCGGCCACGGCCCCCACGCGUGUCACGGCACAGCGGACGACGCCAUAGGGACGUUCGCCGACAGGUGCAAGUUUUUUGAAGAGACAAGCAAGCUGGUGCCGCAGAGGCCCGGCCCGAGACAGGUGCCCGGGGGGCUCCCGAGAGAGAAGGCCGAGCGGCCCGGGACAGCCGGGCCCGCGCGCGCGCGCGGCGAGCCCUGGCUGCACACGAGGUGGCGCGCCACCUCCUUCGGGGAGAUGCUCAAUGGCCACGGAAAAUCGGAAAGGGCCAGAAAGUCCGACCCACCGCAGAGACUCGGAACCUUUGCGGAAUACCAGGCGUCCUGGAAGGAGCAGAGGAAGCCGCUGGAAGGCAGAAGCGCAGGCCGGUAUCACUCGGCAGAUGACAUCCUGGACGUGGGCUUGGACCAACACGAAAAGCCGCAGUACCUUCACGAACGGUCCCGCUCGUCCCCGUCCACAGAGCACUACUCACAGGAGGCAUCUGUGGAACCACGCAGGCAGGCAGAGGAUUCUGGCGGGCACAGAGGAGCGCUGGCGUCCGUGGGACCCGGUGAGGAGGCAUGUUCCGCUCUGAGUCCCUCUGUGUUCAGCAUUCCCCGUCCCCAAGACAGCCAGCAUGUGAAUGCGGACACCGGCUGCCCCCAGUCAGAAGUGCUGCCGGCCUCCAAGUUCCAGCCUCCGCAGCCAUCCACCAUGGAGACCUCCCGCUCCCCCUCCCCUCAGUUCGCCCCGCAGAAGCUGACGGACAAGCCGCCCUUGCUUAUCCAGGAUGAUAACUCAACAAGAAUUGAGCGGGUGAUCCAUAACACCACUGUGAAGAUGGUACCCAUCAAGAUUGUACAUUCAGAGAGCCAGCCAGAGAAGGAGAGCCGCCAAAGCCUGGCACGCCCAGCUGAGCUGCCCUCCCUGCCCAGUGGGCUGGAGAGAGACCAGAUCAAGACACUGAGCACAUCAGAGGAAUGCUACUCCCGUUUCUGUGUGUACACCCGGCACAGCGCAGACACCGAGACCCCAACCAAAGCCCAGCCCCCUGAGCCACAGUCCCCAAGCGCUCCCACAUCUUCCUUGAAGGAUAGUAGUACCUCCUCUCCUGCGUUCAGCUACGUGAAGGCCAAGGAGAAGACGAUGGAAGAUCUGAAGUCAGAGGAGCUGGCCAGGGAGAUUGUGGGAAAGGAUAAGUCCCUGGCUGACAUCCUGGACCCCAGUGUGAAGAUCAGAACCACCAUGGACCUGAUGGAAGGAAUCUUCCCCAAAGAUGAACAUCUCCUGGAGGAAGCUCAGCAGCGGAGGAAGCUGCUCCCUAAAAUCCCUUCACCCAGAACCACAGAGGACAAGAAGGAGGAGCCAAAUGUGCCUGUGGUCGUGUCUCUGGCCACCAAUUCUCCAUACUACAGUACAUCAGCCCCCAAGGCCGAGCUGCUGAUCAAGAUGAAGGACCUGCAAGGGCAGCAAGAACCCGAGGACUAUGUGGGGAGCGACUUGGAUCAUGAUCUGUCAGUGAAGAAGCAGGAACUCAUCGACAGCAUCAGCCGGAAGCUGCAGGUGCUCCGGGAAGCCCGGGAGAGUCUGCUGGAGGACAUCCAGGCCAACAAUGCACUGGGGGAUGAAGUGGAGGCCAUCGUGAAAGAUGUCUGCAAACCCAAUGAGUUUGACAAGUUCCGGAUGUUCAUCGGGGACCUGGACAAAGUGGUGAACCUCCUGCUGUCACUCUCAGGCCGCCUGGCCCGAGUGGAAAACGCUCUCAAUAAUUUGGAUGACAGUCCAUCUCCUGGAGAUCGGCAGUCGCUGCUUGAGAAGCAGCGCGUCCUUACCCAGCAGCACGAGGAUGCCAAGGAGCUCAAAGAGAAUCUGGACCGACGGGAGCGCAUCGUGUUUGACAUCCUGGCCACCUACCUGAGCGAGGAGAGUCUGGCCGACUAUGAGCACUUCGUGAAGAUGAAGUCAGCCCUUAUCAUUGAGCAGCGGGAGCUAGAAGACAAAAUCCACCUGGGUGAAGAACAGCUGAAAUGCUUGUUCGACAGCCUGCAACCCGAGCGGGGCAAAUGACAGCCCCGUGGGGGGGGGCAGGCACAAAGCCUUGAGGCUGGGGGCCAAGGUGCAAGCAAAGACCCCAGCCCGCAUGAAUCUCCUGGAGAGAGGUUUCUCCUUGAGCAAAGUGGCUAGGAGAAAAGCAAUAACAUCUGUGUUUGUCUGGGAUUACUUAUUGUUUUUCGUUUCCUUUGGAAUACUGAGCAUCCUACGUAACUACCACAGGACCCGGGGCUGUGCUGACUGGCGAGACCCCCGCUGGCAGCCCAGGGCUGUGCCCUGAGGGGUACACUCACAGUGGUCCGUGUCCAACAUUAGGGCUGCACAUCCUCCUGUGUUCCUACGGUGCACGACAGGGGAGACCGGGGGGAGCCCCUGGUGCACGUCUUCCCUUGACCCGCCUGUGCCCAGGCGGCUGUGUUUUGUCUUUGCUUGUUCAACAGUGAGCAUUUGUUGUCUGUAUCGUGUAAUGAUGUUCUGUGACCCCGCAAAACCACGAGGGUGAUGAUGAAGAUAAUUUAUUAACAUGUGGGAAUGGUUUCAUGAUGGUUCAAAACCAACUGUGCAAUGAAUAAUCUACACGUUGGGUGCACUCAUUCUAAGAUUAAAAUUGCCAUUGAAAGAAGUCACACGCAUGCUUUACAACACACACAAAACAAAUAGUUGUAGUCCUCAUAAGAGUUUAAAUGGUGUUUUUCUAGCCAAGUAAAAUUACUUGGUUAAAAGUGUGUCCAGUAAUAGUGUGCUUGUUAGCUAUUUCUUGCCUGAGACCAAUGGAAUAUUUGUUACUUUUCCCCUAGGAUAUUCGUUUUCUGUGAAUGAGUGUGGAUGUGUGUUUAUUAAUGAUAAUUGGCUUUUCUGUUUUUGCCUUCAAGUCUGUUAAGAUACCAUGAGAGGUACAGUCCAUGUACUUUGAGCCUUUCCUUUGGUUUGGCAGGGGUCCUGUGGACCAUCUCAGAUCUGAACUUCAUCUUUUUUCUGCCAUAGACUUUAAAAAUGAUAUACCCUUUUUGCUGGUUGAAAUGGCAGGAUUCUAAAGAGAGUCUUAUUCAAACAAUAUUUCUGCAUUGUCAGUUUCAACUGUCAAGUAGAAAAUCCACAAAAGGAUUUGUAUAAAGAACUCUCAAAACCGAACAGUAGGGGGGAAAAAAUCCCAAACCCAGCCCAAUUAAGAAAUGGGCAGAAAGCCAGAUGCUGGUAG